AUGGACGGCGGAAGCAGCGAAGCGGCGCAAUUGGCGAGGCAGCUAGCGGACUGCAGGCUCACAGAGCGGUGCGAGCUCUGCCCGGAGGAGAUGUCGUACGUGCAGAGGUUUCACCGCCGUGAGCCAACCAGCAACCAGUGCACCUCCAUCGUCACCCAGCAUGUCAAGGCUCCUCUCCAAACGGUUUGGUCACUCGUGAGGAAGUUUGACCAGCCGCAACUUUUCAAGCCUUUUGUGACCGAGUGUGUGAUGCAUGGUAACAUGGAGCCCGGAAGUGUUAGAGAUGUCCAAGUGCAAACUGGGUUGCCAGCUACAAGGAGCACUGAGAGGCUAGAGCUGCUCGAUGACAAUGAGCAUAUCAUCAGUGUCAAAUUUAUUGGUGGUGAUCAUUUGCUGAAGAACUAUUCAUCUAUUUUGACUGUCCACCCUGAGGUCAUUGAUGGCCAUCCUGCAACGCUGGUGAUCGAGUCAUUCGUGGUUGAUGUCCCAGUGAUGAAUACCAAAGACGACAUCUGCUACUUUGUCGAGACCUUGCUGAGGUGCAACCUCAAGUCUCUUGCUGAUGUUUCGGAGAAGCGCGUCAAUCAUGCUGCACUGAACUAAUUGUCUCUUAUUGGUUUGUCAAUGACCAACCAAUUACUUCUCUAGAUGCAUGAAACUUAUCUAUAAAAUUGCAAGAGUGCCCCUCCUUUAAUUUCAAUGUUGGAGAUUCUUAUAAAUAAUCCUGCCAAUAUAAGUGGAGUGUUGUCUGGUUUGGUGCUUGCAUGCACAAGAUGCUGGUCCUGUAAUGCAAGUCUUAUAUUGAAUAAAACAUAGA